GACGGAACUACAGCUCCCAGCGAUCUCUGCGCUCCCAGUCGGCAAGAUGGUGUCACGCAGGAAGAAACAGAAGGCUGGCGGCCACGAGGGGAGCGUACCGAGCCCACCAGGGUAUUCAGCUGUUCCAGUCAAGUUCUCAGAAAAGCAGCAGGCUUCUCAUUACCUCUACAUGAGACAGCACAGAGUUCGCCAAGGCACCCAGUCCACGUGGCCUGCCAAUCGGACCCUUUUUAUCCUCAAUGUGCCCCCAUACUGCACACAGGAGAGCCUGUCUCGAUGCCUGUCCUCAUGUGGCACCAUCAAGACAGUAGAACUGCAGGAGAAGCCUGACCUUGCCGAGAGCCCCAAGGAGCCGAAGUCACAGUUUUUUCAUCCCAAGCCGGUGCCGGGCUUUCAGGUAGCUUAUGUGGUGUUCCAGAAGCCAGGUGGAGUGUCAGCUGCUUUGAACCUGAAGGGCCCAUUGCUGGUUUCUACAGAGAGUCACCCUGUGAAGAACGGGAUUCACAAGUGGAUCAGUGACUAUGAAGAUUCCGUGCUGGACCCUGAGGCCCUGAGGCUCGAAGUAGACACAUUCAUGGAGGCCUAUGACAAGAAGAUAGCUGAGGAGGAGACUAAGGCCAAGGAGGAGGAGGGGGUCCCUGAUGAGGAGGGCUGGGUGAAGGUCACCCGCCGGGGCCGCAGGCCUGUGCUCCCUCGGACAGAAGCAGCCAGCCUGCGAGUUCUCGAGAAGGAGAGACGGAAGCGCGCCCGAAAGGAGCUGCUCAGCUUCUACGCCUGGCAGCACCGCGAGACCAAGAUGGAGCAUUUAGCACAGCUGCGAAAGAAGUUCGAGGAAGACAAGCAGAGGAUUGAACUGAUGCGUGCCCAGCGCAAAUUCCGGCCCUACUGAGCUGUUCUGGCCAUGGCCACUGGAGAGCAGGCUUCACGAACAGAAAGACCAGCAGGCCUGGUCCCCCAGGGACCAUGUUCUGGGAAGAAGAUACCAGACCAGGGAGUAGCUGUUUCCCACAGUCCUAUCUCUGCACCCACACAGGCUAGAGGUGAAGGGCAGGGCUGCUCGGAGGAGGAUUUGCCCUUCACAGAGCUGCCUCUGCCCUCUCCUGCCUGUAAAACACUCCCGGGACCAUGCUUGCCCUCCAUGAAGCCCCUGCUGGCAUCAGCCACUUGGAACACGGUGAAGGUGGGAGAUGAUUUUAUUUCCACACAGCUGGUAAGGGGCUCCAGAAGCCUCUGAGCCCAGAGGACCAGCCCUCAGCCCUGCUUCCUUAACACCAGCUCACCAAGCUUACCCAACACCCCAGUCCCCUUCUCAAAAUCACAGAUAAGACCGGCAUCCUUCCCCUACCCCUAGCUCUGCUGUAGAAUUCUCUGCUGCCUCUCCUGGUCUUCAAGCCCCAUGAGACUCAUGCCCACCCCCACCGAUUUUGUGGGAUGAGAGCGCUUAUGAUGUGGAGGCAGCUGGGAAGUGUGAACAAGAUUCCAGAGCUACAGCCUGGAAGGGGUUGUCCUCGGUGGGCCCUGUAGGAAGGAGCGGAUGAUGUCAGCCACGAUCUGGGGCUUGUUCAUGUGGAUGUAGUGAUUGCCUGGGAUUUCCACAAACUGGAACCGCUGGAGAAAGGGAACAGGUGGUGAGACACUGCCCCACUGCCCCCAGGUGUGUCAGAGGCAACCUCUGACUGGCCCUUGUCUAGUCAUAGUACCCUGGGGACUCAGAGGCUGUCAAAGGGACAUAGGCAUCUGAGCUAUGAAGCUACUGUAUAUAUUAAACCAGGGCAGCGAUAGUCGGGGUCACUGCCCUCAAAGAAAGGCUACUGCAGGAGCUUGCCCAAUAGGAGAGCCCUCUCCCACCCCCACUUUGUGAUAGCAUCAAACUGUGUAGAGAUCUGGGCCUAGAUUCUAGGUUCUAAGUGGUAAAGACCACGAAGGGCCAGGACCCACACAGGCCUCCCCUACUCUGUAGCCAUAACACUUGUCAGUGCACGUCCCGGGAGCAGUAGAGGAGGUGCACCUCAGAAUUAAGCCAGGCCCAGGGUUAGGUGGAGACAAUAAACAGAAUCCUGCCACCAAAAGCUGUCUCUCCAGAUGUGACUCCAUGUUCCAUGUGUCUGGGGACUAGCCACAGAGGGAUACGACCUGCCGGCUACUUGGAUCUGGAAUGUGCCAACCCAGGAGAUCCAAAGGAAUUGAGGGGCUGUAUGAAGUGGGGUUCAGAGCAGAUACAUCCCCAACCCAUCAGCUUCCUGGCCACACAGCUUACCUCCUUUAGGGUGGAUCGUAGAAUGUCCAGCAUGAGGAGGAAGGACGCCUUAUUCAAAUCGUUCUCCCGUCUCACGUCGUAGUACCCGUCCAGUGCUCUGGGCAGCGAGAAGUUGGGAUGCCCCCUAGCUCUGUGUCUUGAUAGCCCCUCUGCCUUGCCUGGGUCUCAGGCCCUGAAGAGGCCAAGCCUAGGCCGCCCCCUAGAUUUCCUUCAGCUGUACCCUUUUGAGCCUAGUCAUCCGGUACCAGCUUUCUCUUAGCGCUGGUAGCAGGCUAGCCCAAACUGAAUGGCUGCUGAAGGUGGCUCGCAGUGCUAUGGAAGGGCCGGGUUCUGCUGGGCUGGGAUCUCAAGGCCAGGCUUUCAUUUAAAACAAAGCCUAUUGAGAUGGAAUGAAUUUGUACAACCACCCCGAAACCCCACCCCACCCCCGUUAAAGGACGCUAUCUACAGCCUACCCAGAUUUGCCCAGCCUUGCCAUGCUCGCCCCAGUCCUGAGUUACAGAUGUGAGCCAUCAUGCCCAGCCAGUUCCAUGGUUUUGAGUUCAGAAAUUUCAGCAAAUGCUUUGAUGUAUGAAAGCAUUAACAUGUCCUCAGACUUCACAAUGAGUUGAAAGUUCUAAGAAAAGCACUGAGCAUCCUAGCACAGCCACUGGUGAGCAUCAGAUUCUGCCCAGAUUUCCUGGCUGCGGCUGCGGUGCCAAGCACCGUGGAAAGAACUAGUUAGACCACCUAUGCUGCCAGCCCAGGAAGAGUUCCUGGAUGUGUAGACAGUCCUGCCGUGACCCACUGGUCAUUGCGGUUAAUUUGGCCAGUCUGGCUAGGGGUGUGCCCCCUCCUCGUCACUCCUUAGGCGGUGCAGAGGACAGUCCUUCCCAAGAGAGUAGGCCUUAUUAACGGGCUCCCAGGAUUGCCCGUGCAGUUCUACAAAGCACAUCCUGCUCUCUCUCAGCAUGAGGACACGGAAUUGGUCACCACAAGAUAGGGGUCCCCAGAGACCAGCUGAGUCAUGGUGCCAUCCUUACCCUGUCCCCUACUCCCAGGCACCUGCUGAUAAAGAUGUUUCCGGGAAAGGCUGACUGAGCAGCGGUGCCACACUGGGAGAACUGGACACUGUGCCAGGCUCCUCCCUAGAGCUUCCUGGUGUCUGGGUCUGUCAGGGGUGCUGGGUCUAGACUCACUUGAUUAUUAACACGCUGGCCUGCAGCCUCCUCAAAGAGUGCAUAGUCAGCUCCUUGCCCAUGAAGUCAAAGCUGUACUGUGGCUGCAGGGACAAAACCAGGGUGACUCUUGCCAUGAAGCCCUGUGAGCUCCCACAGGCAGGGUAACUAGGCCAGCUGGGCCACCGGUCCCAGGAGGCCAAUGUCCACCAAUUCAUUACUCAAAGCCUCUUGUUUUCCAUCCACCAAAGUCCCGCCCACCCCAACCCCCGAGCCAUUCUUCCCUCUUGUUGGGAUCAUAGCCACCCAGCCAGAGUCCACUCACAGAACCCCUUACAGUGGGUGUGGCUGUUGGUGGAGGCAGAGAAGCAAUGGAGGUUACUUCAGGACUCUUUCAGGGCUGUGGAGUCCCCUGCAGACCCUUCCCAGAGCACAGUCCAGCUUCCAGCUCUGGGCUCUGCGCCAAGUGGAGCCCGUCCCUUUGAGACCACUUCCACAUCACACUAUGUUCUGGACCACAUCGCAGUGAGUCCACCAGACCUGUGUCUCCACCUAGCUCUGCCUGCUCUGUCCUUGCUGUUUAGCAUGUAGUGGCCAACAUAGAGGCCUCCAGUCCCAUGCAGCUACAGACGGGUACUGUAGGUGUGAUGUGUAUGCUAGAAUCAGGAGACUUUGUAGGGGAAAUUAUGUAGUAAGUAAAAUACAAGAUGUAGUUAUAGUGGACUGAGGAUGUAGGUCAGUGGUAGAUAGCACUGGGUCCUAGUAUCUGAUACCCAGUCUCAAAAUUCACUCCUGGGCUGGAGAGAUGGCUCAGCGAUUAAAAGCACUGACUGCUCUUCCAGAGGUCCUAAGUUGAAUUCCCAGCAAGCACAUAAUGGCUCACAACCAUCUGUAGUGGGAUCUGAUGCCCUCUUCUGGUGUCUGAAGACAGCAACUGGGUACUCCUAUACAUACAUAUAAUAAAAUCUUUAAAAAGAACAAAAAGAAAAAAAAACAAAGUAAACCCAACAACAACAAGAAAAACAACAGGGCAUGUGUGUGACAGUCCCAUAAUCUCAGCUGUCAAGAGGCAGGAAUAGGUAGACAGUUGGAGUUUGAUGGCCAGCCAGCUUAACCCAUUGGAAAAGUUCC